CUUCUCCAUCUCUGAUGCGGCAAAUUACAAACAACAAUUUUUUUUCUCCAACUCCGGCCACCGGUGGAUGACGGCGAUCCUCACAUAUUUAAGGCUAGGGGAUGGAGAUGGCAGCGUCCGAAUUAUAGAUGGCCGGUGGUGGCCCUGGAACAAGGCAGCGGCGAAGAUGGUGGUGGUGGCGACGUCAAGCGACAGAGGAGACCGGCGGCGUCUGACGAAUGUGAAGACUGGCGGUGUCCAGCGACGGCAGAGAUUGGUGGCGUCCGGCGGAGGCAACGUCCGGCAUCUGGCGGCGGCGUCAAGUGGCGGCGUAGGGCGGUGGUUAGGGGCGGCGAUUACUGGUGCAGGUGCUGACCCUGGAUGGUACCGGAAGCAACUUGUGGUUGGGGAAGG